UAUGUGUGUGUGUGUGUGUGUGUGUGAAACCUUUUAUCCCUUCACAGGUUUAUAAGAGAAGCCUCACUAGACUUGUUAUUGUCCAGACAUCAGACAGGCUGCAAACUAUCCGGUGGAGUUAAAGCGCUGCAGCUAUAGAGUCUAACUUACAGGCAGCAUGAAGCUUUUGAUCUUUUGUGUGAUUUUGAUUGCGACACAUGCUGGAGCACAAGGUUUGAUCCAAAGAAUUUGCUACACUGAGUGGUUUGACCGGGACAAUCCCAGUGGACAGGGAGAUUAUGAAACCUUGAACGAAUUGAGAGCAGAGUAUCCAAAACAAAUUUGCACCAAACCUCUGGCCAUUCAGGCUGCAACACUCACUGGUGUUCCUGCUGAAAGCAUUGGACAAGUGUUUCAAGUGUAUGACACAGUUUCUGGCUUUGCCUGUGUAAACUCUCAACAAAAAAAUGACGAAUGCUGUUUGGACUAUAAGGUGCGUUUUAGAUGCCUGUGCCCCUGGACCCCAUUCAAGCCUAUACCGUCUAAAGUGGAGGAAGUCCCAGCCCAGAUAAAUACAACUCUUACUUAGAUACUAUGCACAUGCAUGCUUUGUUUAUUCACCCAUUUUAUUAUACAAUUUAAAAUUCUGUCAUUAAGGCUAUGUUUCUUUUCAAAAUGUUUAAAUUGUCAGUGAGUAAGUCUUGUUUUUGAGAUCAACUCUUUCACUUAUUUUCUUAGACCUUACUAGGGUGAUGGAAUGUAAAAUGUUCUUUGUAUGCUGUUUGCUGU